UCCAACACACUGAAACAGGUUUAUGGUAAUGAGAAGCCUCAAGGCGCAGGGGUAGUUGGAGCCAUUUUAAUCAUUCACGCGGAUGGAGUGGUGGUGUCGGCUUGUUUGCAUGGUGAGAAGCUUUGGCAAGCAAGGUGACUGUGGUUUCUCUCAAUUCAAUUGGAUUAGCUACUGUAUAGUAGUGAAAGCAUGGAUACGCGGCAACAAAAGGGAACGACUAGACUGAAAGUUUAAGGAAAGCGGCAGUAAUUAGCCUACGUUCAAACCUGGUUGAACAUUAUCGUGGAGCAAUGCCCGUCAUUAAGUGGGAUUUGUUGUUUAUUAUUUUCGGCUGGUUUGAACUCAUUUCACUGUCGAAUUGCUACAAUGUACACAUCAGUGAGGAUGCGGAGCAGCGGACGGUGAUUGCAAGUGUUGAACAGAGCGGGGCAUGCACUUUGGAUCAGGUAAUCGCUCCUAAAUUCUCAAAGACCUUUAUUGAAACUGAUGCGUCCGCGCGCGUUGUGUUCCUUUCAGGUAGUUUAAAUUGUGCCUCGCUCAGCUCCAACCCUUUCACCGUGUACACUGUUGUGGACUGCAUGAACAAUGUCCCAGGGUUGAGGCACCUCCUCACAAGCCAGUAUGAUGUUUAUGUUCACGGCAGGAACUGUUCAAGUAAACACAAAAGGAAAUCUCAAUGGGACUUGGAGAUAAUCAGUUUGUUUAAAGCCCAUAAUCAUCAGUUAGAAUGCCACGAGUCUGGUACUGCGCUCCUCCGGGUAUGGGAUCUACUACCCGGCUCUCCAACCCACAGCAGUAUGCACUGCAAGGUGAUUAGGAGUUCGGUGUUAUAUUUUUCUGAGGGGCAGUUGUUUGUGUCCAAGACGCUGUGUUUGAAACACGACACACUUCUUGAGCUAGACUUACAUUGUAACCAAUACACAGGAGAUGAGAGGGAAUCCAAAGGGAACAGCAUCUCAGUCCACUGGCGGGUGGGUCAAGGCUCCUUCAAACAGGGCCACUUGGGGAAGUUACUACAGCAGGCUGCCCAGUCUGAAUCAGGCAUAGUGAGCAGGAGCAAGAGGGCUGUUAACAGUAGCCCCCAGUUUCAGCCUCCUAUGUACCAGGUGGCUGUGGCAGAGAAUAAGCCAGCUGGAACUCCUGUAGUUGUUUUGAAGGCAGUAGAUGCUGAUGAGGGGGAGGCAGGCAGGCUGGAGUACUUCAUAGAGGCCCUGUUUGACAGCCGCUCCAACAACCUAUUUGCUGUGGACCCAGUCAAUGGUGCAGUCUCCACUGUGGAGGUGCUGGAUAGAGAGCAGAAGGACACCCAUGUAUUCCGUGUGACCGCUGUUGACCGUGGCACUCCCCGCCGGACGGCCAUGGCCACCCUCACCAUCACAGUGAGUGACAGUAACGACCAUGAUCCCGUCUUUGAGCAACAGGACUACAAGGAGAGUGUUAGGGAGAACCUAGAGAUCGGCUAUGAGGUGCUGACCGUCAGGGCCACAGACGGAGACGCCCCGGUCAACGGUAACAUCCUGUACCACGUCCUCAACAGCAACGGUUCGAACAAUGUUUUUGAGAUUGACUCCAGGUCGGGGGUGAUCCGCACGAAGGGCCCAGUGGAUAGAGAGAUGGUGGAGGCCUACAUGCUGUUGGUAGAGGCCAACGACCAGGGUCGUGACCCCGCCCCCCGCAGUGCCACGGCAACUGUUCACAUUAUUGUAGAGGACGACAAUGAUAAUGCUCCCCAGUUCAGUGAAAAGCGAUAUGUGGUGCAGGUUCCGGAGGAUAUGGCACCCAACACAGAGAUCCUGCAGGUGAUUGCCACAGACCAGGACAGAGGGAGUAACUCCAUGGUUCACUUCAGCAUCAUGAGUGGCAACACCAGGGGCCAGUUCUACAUUGAUGCCCAGACAGGCAAGAUGGACCUGGUCAGUCAGUUGGACUACGAGGCUAACAAGGAAUACACCAUUCGCAUCCGCGCUCAGGACGGGGGACGCCCGCCGCUCUCCAACAUCAGCGGCCUGGUAACGGUGCAGGUGCUGGAUGUCAAUGAUAACGCCCCCAUUUUCGUCAGCACCCCCUUCCAGGCCACUGUGCUAGAGAAUGUGCCGGUGGGUUACUCCAUCAUUCACAUCCAGGCRGUUGARGCAGACUCRGGCGACAARUCRAGGCUGGAGUACRGCCUCAUUGAAACCARGCCCAACUUKCCKUUUWCCAURAACAACAGCASUGGWUGGAUAGUSGUAGCCGCUGYMCUGGACAGGGAGAGCYUGGACUUCUACAACUUUGGGGUGGAGGCCCGUGAUCAUGGCCACCCGGUGAUGUCUUCCUCAGCUAGCGUUAGCAUGACCAUCCURGACGUCAACGARAACAACCCAGAGUUCACKCAGAGYUCAUARUACAUGCGCCUCAAUGAGGARGCRGUCGUGGGSACAAGCGUGGUGACGGUMUCUGCYGUGGACCAGGAUAUCAACAGUGUGGUGACYUAUCAGAUCUCCAGUGGMAACACCAGYAACAGGUURUCCAUCACCAGCCAGAGUGGAGGGGGCCUCAUCACCCUGGCCCUGCCCCUUGACUACAAGCUGGAGCGCCAAUACGUUCUAAGUGUCACUGCGUCUGACGGCACACUCUUCGACACCGCCAAGGUGUUCGUCAACGUCACCGARGCCAARACCCACKGMCCCGUGUUUCAGAGCUCRCAUUACACCGUCAACAUCAAUGAGGACAGACCUGUUGGCACCACCGUCGUGGUGAUCAGUGCUACAGAUGAGGACACRGGGGAGAAUGCACGUAUAACCUACUURAUGGAUGACAGCAUCCCCCAGUUCGACAURGACUCKGACACAGGKGCUGUCACCACCCAGAUGGAGCUGGACUAUGAAGARCAGGUGUCCUACACYUUAGCCAUCACGGCCCGGGACAARGGRAUCCCACAGAAGUCUGACACRACCUACCUGGAGAUCCUGGUGAAUGAUGUGAAUGACAACUCUCCUCGAUUCCUCAGAGACCACUACCUAGGCUCUGUGAUGGAGGACGUGCCAGUGUUUACCAGCGUCGUCCAGGUCUCUGCCACUGACCGAGACUCUGGCCUCAAUGGACGUGUCUUCUACACUUUCCAGGGGGGAGAGGARGGRGAUGGAGACUUCAUAAUUGAGUCRACCUCUGGUAUUGUGCGAACGCUGCGUCGCCUGGACCGWGAGAACAUGCCWWURUACAACCUGCAGGCCUUUGCUGUGGAUAAAGGUGUUCCUGSUCUCAAGACGUCCGUGGACAUCCAYGUGACCAUCRUYGARGUSAARGACAACCCUCCRGUGUUUGAGAAYGAUGAGUUUGACAUKUUUGUGGAGGAGAACAGCCCAAUAGGCCUGGUAGUGGCCCACGUAUUAGCCUCGGACCCAGACGAGGGGAGCAACGCCCAGAUCAUGUACCAGAUAGUAGAGGGAAACAUCCCAGAGGUGUUCCAGCUGGARAUCUUCUCYGGKGAACUYACRGRUCUGACAGAUCUCGACUACGAAACACGGUCAGAGUAUGUCAUCGUGGUCCAGGCCACCUCCGCCCCACUUGUCAGCCGUGCCAUUGUGCACAUCAAGCUGGUCGACAAGAAUGACAACGUACCAGUGCUGAAAAACUUCCAGAUCAUCUUCAAUAACUAUGUCACUGACAAGUCCAGUAGCUUCCCCACAGGGGUGAUCGGGCGGAUCCCUGCCCAUGACCCAGACGCCUCAGACCAGCUCCAGUACAGCUUUGAGGCUGGUAAUGAGCUGAACCUGGUCAUCCUGAACCAGAGCACGGGGGAGAUCCGGCUGAGCCAGGCCCUGGACAACAACAGACCCCUGGAGGCCUCCAUGAGGAUAUCUGUCUCAGAUGGGAUCCACUCUGUGUCGGCCCAGUGUCUGCUCCAGGUCACCAUCAUCACAGACGAGAUGCUCUCCAACAGCAUCACACUGCGAUUGGCCAACACCUCCCAGGAGCACUUCCUGUCCCUGCUAUUGGCCCAGUUCCUGGAGGGCGUGGCCCGCGUGCUGUCAGCUGACCGUGAGGACGUGGUGGUGUUCAACAUCCAGGACGACACGGACGUCAGCGCCCGCAUCCUCAACGUCAGCCUGUCUGUUGCCGUGCCCUCGCACAGGGAGGACCCGCGGGGGGGAGGAGGGGGGCGCGACAGGAUUGGCAGAGGGGCAGCAGGGGCCAGUGGCGGGGCAGAGUUCUUUGGGUCUGAGGAGCUUCAAGAGAGGCUGUACCUGAACCGCAGCCUGCUGGCCCACAUCUCCUCCCAGCAGGUGCUGCCCUUCGAUGACAACAUCUGCCUGCGAGAGCCCUGUGAGAACUACAUGAAGUGUGUGUCUGUGUUGAAGUUCGACAGCCUGGCACCCUUUGUGGCGUCCGACACCAUCCUGUUCCGGCCCAUCCACCCCAUCGCCGGGCUGCGCUGCCGCUGCCCAACGGGCUUCACAGGAGACUACUGUGAGACAGAAAUCGACCUGUGCUACUCCAAACCCUGCGGAGCCCACGGCCUGUGUCGCAGCAGAGAGGGAGGCUACACCUGCGAGUGCCUCAAUGACUAUACUGGCAAGCGGUGUGAGCUAUCGUCCCGCUCCGGGCGCUGUGGCCCAGCUGUGUGUAAGAAUGGGGGCACCUGUGUGAACCUGCUGGUGGGAGGGUUCAAGUGUGAGUGCCCAUCUGGCGGAUAUGAAAAGCCCUACUGUGAGAUGACCACCAGGAACUUCCCCCUGCAGUCCUUCCUCACCUUCAAGGGCCUCCGCCAGCGCUUCCACUUCACCCUCUCCCUUUCAUUUGCCACAAAGGAGCCAAAUGGUUUGUUACUCUACAAUGGCCGCUUCAACGAGAAGCACGACUUCAUCGCUGUGGAAAUCAUUAACGAGCAGAUCCAGCUCACCUUCUCUGCUGGUGAGACCAAGACGACUGUGUCGCCCUACAUCCUUGGAGGUGUCAGUGAUGGCCAGUGGCAUGUGGUGCAAGUUCACUACUACAACAAGCCAAUCCUAAACCAGGCCAGCAUGCCCCAGGGUCCCUCUGACCAGAAGGUCGUCGUAGUAACCGUGGACAACUGUGACACCUCAGUGGCACUGCGAUUUGGUCAUGUAAUCGGGAACUACACCUGCUCUGCCCAGGGCAGCCAAUCAGGAUCUAAAAAAUCUCUGGAUCUGACUGGUCCUCUACUCCUAGGGGGCGUGCCCAAACUGCCUGAGGACUUCCCCAUCCAGAACCGCCAGUUUGUGGGCUGCAUGAAGGACCUGAGGAUCGACAACCGCCACGUCGACAUGGCUAGCUUCAUCGCUAACAACGGCACUCUACCAGGAUGCUCUGCUAAAAGGCACUUCUGCAACAACAACCCGUGUUUGAAUGGAGGGACCUGCGUCAACAUGUGGGGCUCCUUCAGCUGUGACUGCCCCCUAGGAUUUGGAGGCCGGAACUGCGAGAAGGCUGCCACCCCACACAACCUCACCCUACAGCUGCGCGGUGGCAGUGUGGUGAUGGGCCUGCAGAGGGGCGAGGACUCCACCCUGUCCCAGGUAGAGGAGGUGACAGUGAAUGACGGAGACUGGCACCAUGUGCAGAUGGAGCUGAAAGAUAUCCCGGGCGGCGAGCCCCGCCACAAGGCUGUGCUCUCCUUUGACCAUGGCCUCUACACGGCCAGCAUGGAAGUGGAUACUAAACUGAAGGGGGCGAAGGUCAAGACUCUGAGUGUCGGGGGCAUCACUGGGGCUGAUGGGAAAAUACAGCAUGGCUUCCGCGGCUGUGUGCAGGGUCUGCGUGUGGGGGAGACCUCCUCCAGCUCGGUGUCUCUCAGCAUGUCUCAGGCCAGGAGGGUGAACAUGGAGCAGGGCUGCAGCGUACCAGACCCCUGUGUCUCUAACACCUGCCCCUCCAACAGCUACUGCAGUGAUGACUGGGACAGCCACUCCUGCACCUGCCUCACCGGUUACUAUGGCGAUAACUGCACAGACGUAUGUGCGCUAAACCCCUGCGAGCACCAAUCAGCUUGCACCAGGAAGGUUAGCUCCUCCCAUGGCUACACCUGUGACUGUCCCAGCAACUACUUUGGCCAGUAUUGCGAGAAGAAGACUGACCUGCCGUGUCCCAGGGGUUGGUGGGGACAUAAGACCUGUGGUCCCUGUGAUUGUCAGACAGAUAAGGGCUUCGAUGCCGACUGCAACAAGACAAGCGGGGAGUGCCGCUGCAAGGAUAACCACUACCGUCCAGAGGGCAGCAAGGUGUGUCUGCUAUGUGAGUGUUACCCAGUGGGCUCCUUCUCACGGGCGUGUGAGAGGGAGAGCGGGCAGUGCCAGUGUAAGCCAGGGGUCAUCGGGCGCCAGUGUGACCACUGUGACAACCCCUUCGCUGAGGUGUCGCCCAACGGCUGCGAAGUGAUCUAUGACAGUUGUCCCCAGGCAAUAGAGGCAGGGAUCUGGUGGCCCAGGACUAAGUUUGGUCUCCCUGCAGCAGUCCCCUGUCCCAAGGGAUCUAUCGGCACAGCUAUUCGCCACUGUGACGAACACAAGGGAUGGCUGCCCCCCAACCUCUUCAACUGUACCUCUGUCACCUUCACCAAACUCAAGACCCUGUCGGAAAAGCUUUCCCGUAACGCGUCUCUCCUGGACUCUGGGCGGGUCCAGCAGACGGCAGCCAUGUUGGCCAACGCCACGCUGCACACGGUGGAGUACUACGGCAGUGAUGUGAAGGUGGCCUACCGCCUCACCCAGAGUCUACUGCAGUACGAGAGCCACCAGCAGGGCUUCAGCCUGACCGCCACCCAGGACGUCCACUUCACUGAGAACCUGGUGCAGGUGGGCAGUGCCAUCCUGUCCCCGGGCACACGGCCACACUGGGAGCUGAUCCAGCAGACGGAGGGGGGCACGGCGGCCCUACUGCACCAGUAUGAGGAGUACGCCAACACCCUUGCACAGAACAUGAGGAAGACUUACCUCAGCCCCUUCACCAUUGUCACACCACACAUAGUCAUCUCAAUAGAUCGCCUCCAGAAGAUGAACUUUGCCGGAGCCAAGCUCCCUCGCUACCAGUCUCUGAGAGGGCUGAGGCCUCAGGACCAGGAGACUGCCGUCACCCUCCCCGACUCCGUCUUCAAGCCGCCCAUGGAGACCAAGGGCCACCGCCACCUGGACACCUUCCCAGAAUCCUCUGUGAGAAACCACACGUCCAACAGAAACAGGCGACAUCGAGGUCCUGACGACCCUGAGCAGGAGGCCAUCGCUAGCGUGAUCAUCUUCCACAGCCUGGCCUCGUUGCUGCCUGCGAGCUAUGACCCUGAUAAGAGGAGUCUCAGAGUGCCUAAGCGUCCGGUCAUCAACUCCCCGGUGGUCAGCAUCACGGUUCAUGACAACGAGGAGCUGCUGCAGCACACCCUGGACAAACCAAUCACUGUGCAGUUCCGCAUGGUCACCACCGAGGAGCGCUCCAAACCCAUCUGUGUCUUCUGGAACCACUCCAUACUAGCGGGGAACGGAGGCUGGUCAGCCAAAGGCUGUGAGGUGGUGUUCAGGAACAACACUCACAUCAGCUGCCAGUGUUACCACAUGACCAGCUUCGCUGUUCUCAUGGACAUCUCUAGGAGAGAGAACGGUGAGAUCCUUCCGGUGAAGCUGGUGACGUGGAGCACGGUGAGCGUGACUCUGGGCUUCCUCUUCCUCACCACGCUCUUCCUCCUCUGCCUGCGGGCCAUGCACUGCAACAAGACCAGCAUCAUCAACAACGGUGCCACCGCCCUCUUCAUCUCCGAACUCAUCUUCAUCCUGGGCAUUAACCUGGCAGACAACCCGUUUAUGUGCACAAUCAUCGCCAUCCUGCUGCAUUUUUUCUACCUGUGCACCUUCUCCUGGCUCUUCCUGGAGGGCCUGCACGUCUACCGCAUGCUGAGCGAAAUACGAGACAUCAACUACGGACCCAUGCGAUUCUACUACAUGAUUGGCUGGGGCGUGCCCGCCUUCAUCACAGGCCUGGCGGUCGGACUGGACCCAGAGGGUUAUGGGAACCCAGACUUCUGCUGGCUGUCCGUGUACGACACUCUGAUCUGGAGCUUGGCAGGGCCCAUCGCCAUGGUGGUGUCUAUGAACAUCUUCCUGUAUAUCCUGGCCUCCAGAGCAUCCUGCUCCAUGAGACACCACAGCUUUGAAAAGAAAGAGCCCCCUAUCUCCGGGCUGAGGACGUCAUGUGGGGUUCUCCUCCUGGUCACUGUCACAUGUCUGUUAGCUAUACUCUCAGUCAACAGUGACAUGAUCAUCUUCCACUACUUGUUUGCUGGAUUCAACUGUCUUCAAGGUCCCUUCAUCUUCUUCUUCCGCAUUGUGUUCAACAAGGAGGCGAGGAACGCCAUGCGCUACUGCUGCAGCCGCAAACGCCCGGAUCACAUGAUCAAGUCCAAGCCCUCUUCAUAUAACUGUAACACCAGCUACAUGGAUGGCAGACUGUACCACCUGCCGUUUGGAGACUCCAGUGUCUCUCUGAACGACACCCUGCAGAGCGGCAAGAGCCAGCAGAGCUAUGUCCCCUUUGUCCUCAGGGAUGAUGGUGGCCUGAAUAAUAGCCAGGUACACAUCGCUCUGAACGAGCACGGCUCACUCUUCCAUGAAACUAAAGAGCAUUUAGAUGAUCACAACUCGGACUCGGACAGUGACCUGUCUCUGGAGGAUGACCAGAGUGGAUCGUACGCCUCCACACACUCCUCUGACAGCGAGGAGGAGGGGCCCUACCCACCAGAUGAAUGCUGGGAAAGCAUGGCAUCCAAUGUGUCCAAGAGACCACACCCUCAGGAUAACAACCUGAGUAAGCUGUACUGGCCAGGGGAGUAUGUGACAACAGCUAGCAACAGUGAGGGCCUGGGGGGAGCAGGAAGGCUAAAGGUAGAGUCUCUGGGCAACCCUGAACUGGGCCAGACACGGGACCACCGAGGCAUGCCAGACGACAGGCCAGGGGACAAGGCAGAGGGCUAUGGGAAGGACCACGUGAUGCUGCUGCCCAGUCUGCCCAGUCUGCCCAACCUCAACACACACCCACAGAAAGGAAUCCUGAAGAAGAAGCAGCUCUCCCCCAUUGCGGAGAGAAAUGGUAUCAACCGCAUCCAUAACGAGCUGUCGGAGAACGCUCUUGGCCACGCCUCCUCCCAGGGCUCCUCUUCCAGUGAGAGCCGAGGGGGCGGGGCCAAGCCCAGCUUACCAGAUCAGCUGAAUGGUGUUGCCAUGAGCAUCAAGGCGGGGACAGUGGACGGUGACUCAUCAGGGUCAGAAUUCCUAUUCUUUAAUUUUAUUCACUGAAGCACUUGAUCCUCAUUUGAAAUCAGGAUCAUUGUCUUCUUAUCGAUCGAUCAUUCAGUAUCCUUCACCCCUUAUAACCAAAAUAAUAAUCCCAUAUAAUUUGGUUAUCACCUCUCACACUGUGUGUACGUGAAUCAUUCUCAUUCAUUGUUUUCUGUUCCUUCUGUUUUCCCCGUGUUGUGUAACGUUUGUCCCCCAUCCAUCCACCCUCCAUUUUCCCAGCAGCCACCGCAACCCCUCCAUAUGAGCCGGCUGACGGAGGGGUGUGUCUUUGCAGGUCAUAGAGCCUCGGCCCUCAUCGCCAUGCUUACUUUUCUCUGAGUAACAGGAGCUGAUGUCUGAGACAGAGAGCGUUGGACUGUCCACACCUGGAGAUCAAUGGAGUACCCUCUCUCCUUCCCCAAUUUUUUUCUCUGCAUGUGUGUGAGUGCCAAAACCUCAGGAGUCUCUGCAAGGGCCCAGGCUCCAGCGCACUGAAUCUCUUUUUAAAUCAUUGUUUGUUUACAUACUUGAAGCGAUGCACUUUUUAAAAUAAUUUACACUACCCGGCCAGAUGUGCAGGUAGUCAACUGGAGCUGAUUCAGUUUUGUUUGUGUUUAUGUUUCAAACUCCGGAGAUUAAGAACAAUGAAGUCCUCCUUUGGCUGGGUCAUUUAGCUGUAAGAUUUUAAAAGUUCAGGGAAUUUCCUCAAGAAGCUUAACUAGUUUUUAAUCUCAGAAAGGGUGACCUGUACAGUUGUUUUGUUCAAGGAUUUAGUUGUUCUACCGAGGGCCAUUUGAGUUUUGCUGUAGAGAGAACUCAUUUCUCCACUCCAGUCUCAGGAAGCUGCCAGCCUGAGCUGGUGGACAGGAAGAGUCAGUACAAAAUGUCUUUAUACUGAACAGCUCCACCCAAACCACUACACUGUGCUCUGCACUGGAGGAAAGGACUCCUGUUGAAGUGUGGCUGGAGAACAGUGAGAGGCCAUGGGGUCACGCACCGUAAAGUUUCUCUCACUACUGAAGGAUGUUUAAAGGCAACAGCGACUAGUCAGCUGUCAUACACAUAGACACUAGAGGUGAGAAUGUCUGCCUUUCUCCACCAUUUCGCCUUCAUUUUAUUGCAUUAUCAUUGGAGGAAAAGAGCCUGCGUGUGAAGAAAUUUUGAUAUCUUUACUUUUGUAAAUUGUUGGGAGCAAAUUUUUGUAUAAACUCUGAGAAUGUUCCCAUUUUCAAUGUUUUUGUCCAAGGGAUAUAUGCUUUCAUUUGAAUCGGCGACUAAACGACUUUGUAUUUUAUAGAUUAGAUCGUUCCAUUGUUUUUGUGAAAUAUUUGCAAACUUCUGCUGUAAAACUCUUUGACAUGUAUGCCAAUGUGAAGAGUUCUGUAAAAUGAAACACUAAUACUUCAUCUUCAAUUGAAUAAACUGUACACCUCUACAUUCCCACUUAUAAAAAGCAGUUCAAGAAAUAUAA